AAAGAGAGCACGUGUCUUGGCGGCGUGUGCACAAGCUAGAGGCCACGCGCGCUAAAAGCUGUUUGUUUUGGUUGGGGUAGUUGGAAGUGCGCAUAGUAUUAUCCUGAAAAGUAAUUCCAGCAUUUACUUCAGGCGUAACCAAGCGUAUGUCAAUAAAUUAACGAUGGUUAUUGCUAUCGGAUUGGAAGGCAGUGCUAAUAAAGUUGGAGUGGGAUAUAAGGGAUGGAGAAGUUUUGGCCACUGUCGCGCAAACUUACAUUUCCCCCAGGAGAAGGGUUCCUUCCUCGGGAAACAGCUCAACACCACCGUGAGAAAAUAAUUGGAUUGGUCCGUGAAGCACUUACAGUGUCUGGCAUUUCCCCAAAUAAGAUAGAUGUAGUUUGUUAUACCAAAGGUCCUGGAAUGGGUGCUCCUUUAAUUAUGGUAGCUCUUGUUGCACGAACUAUAGCACAGAUAUGGAAUAAGCCAAUUAUUGGGGUGAACCAUUGUAUUGGUCAUAUUGAAAUGGGAAGAUUAAUCACUAUGUGCAAUGAUCCAACAGUGUUAUAUGUCAGUGGUGGUAACACUCAAAUCAUAGCCUAUUCCCAAAAUAGAUACCGUAUUUUUGGGGAGACUAUUGAUAUUGCAAUCGGAAAUUGUCUGGAUAGAUUUGCUAGAGUGUUGAAAUUGUCAAAUGACCCCAGUCCUGGUUAUAAUAUAGAGAAAAUGGCUGAAAAAGGCAAAAAGUUCCUUCAUUUACCUUACACAGUGAAGGGUAUGGAUGUUUCGUUUUCUGGAAUAUUAUCAAAUAUUGAAAAGCAAGCACCCCAUCUUAUUAGCAGCAAGCAAUACACUCCUGAGGACUUGUGUUACUCUCUGCAGGAAACUAUUUUUGCCAUGCUUGUGGAAAUCACAGAGAGGGCAAUGUCUCAUUGUGGUUCACAAGAAGUCCUCAUUGUGGGAGGAGUGGGUUGCAACUUAAGGUUACAAGAAAUGAUGAACAUUAUGUGUGAAGAAAGAGGUGCAAAAUUAUAUGCUACUGAUGAGCGAUUUUGUAUUGACAAUGGUGCAAUGAUUGCCCAAGCUGGGAUUGAAAUGUUUAAAAGUGGAACCACCACCCCUUGGGAUUUAGUUACAUGUACCCAAAGGUAUCGUACUGAUGAAGUAGAAGUCACAUGGAGAUCUUGAUUUCAAGAAAAGAUGUUGAAUCUUUGCCAUAAUUAUAAUGAAGUCAUUUGUCAUAAAUACAACUGUACAUAGUAAUUACAUUAUAAUAAAUUAAUAACAUAUUUGUUACUAACUCUUUCUUAUUUGUUGGUACAUGAGUAUUAAUUGUGUUUUCGGCAAAUGUCCAAAAAUAUAAACCAUUUAAUUUAUUUUAAAUAUUUUAUGAAUAGAUUUUUUUAUUUUUUUAUUUUUUUUAUAUUUGAAUAUCUUACGUUAGGUGUGUCAAGCUC